UCCAAGUAAAAAGGAAAAAUAACAAAGCAGGAAUUGAUGUUAGCAACGUUUUGUUUUUAAUAAUAGUUAAUAGAAUUUUCUAUAAAAAAUACGAAUUGGUUAAUUAUUUUUUUUAAAAAAAAAAUUAGACAUACUGACGGGAUACUUCGUAUAAUUUAGAGCCAUUUUUUCUUUUGGGGAGGGGUGCAACUUGCAAAUCUUGAACCUUAUCAAGUCAAAACCCCUCUACAAUUGCAAAUUUGCAACAUUUGAGCACCAAUUCUGAGCUUCCCCAAGAACAACCAUGUCCAUUUCCUCGAGCUCUCUCUCCCUGCAUUCCCUCACUCCAAACCCAAAAUCCAACCUUUUCUCUCUCCUCUCAAAUCCAUCUUCCUUACCCACCUCAUACUCACCCAAACGCCUCGAAAUUCGAUGCGCAAAAAGGUCACAAAGAACAGGGAAGUUCCGUUACCCAUCAGAGAAGAAGAAGCUUAAACAAAUUCAUAAACAGAAAAUGGAAGUUAAGGAUAAAUUUGAAGGGUUUUGGAGAUUAUCUAAACUUGGUGUUGAAGUUGAUAAAGACCCUGGUAAAGAUUUUCUUGGUGUUUCUCAUGCUCUCCUUGAACAAAUUGCCAAAGUUCUUGAAUUCCCGGUUGCCUCUUUGCUUCCAGCAGAAGCAUUUACAGUGGUUAGAAAAUCAUUUGACGCGCGAAAGCUAUUGAAGACACCUAAGUUUGUUUACACAGUUGACAUGAAUGUCGAGAAGCUCUUAAGUUCUGAGCCUCGGUUAUGGGACUUCAUCUCUGAAAUGGAGCCUAAGGUUGGACUUGUUGAGCAUAUUCCCCAAGAAAAAGCUGUUGGUGAUUUAUUCAGUUUAUUAAAUGACUGCAAGAAGGAUCUGGAAGGUACAGUAGCAGGGGAUGCUGAUAGUCACUGCAAUAUUCCAUCUCACAAACCAAAAGUUGCUGUUGUUGGAAGUGGUCCUGCGGGUUUGUUUGCUACUCUUGUGCUUGGAGAACUUGGUGCUGAUGUUACCUUAAUUGAACGAGGUCAACCAGUAGAACAAAGGGGACGUGACAUAGGUGCAUUGGUAGUUCGUCGGAUAAUACAAUCAGAAAGCAACUUUUGCUUUGGGGAGGGUGGUGCAGGUACAUGGAGUGACGGGAAGCUUGUAACAAGAAUUGGGAAGAACAGUGACAGUGUUCAAGCGGUCUUGAGGACACUAGUUCACUUUGGUGCUCCAAGGAGUAUUUUGGUUGACGGGAAGCCUCACUUAGGGACAGAUAGGCUAGUUCCACUGCUUCGUAGUUUCAGGCAACAUUUGCAGGCCCUGGGUGUCACAAUCAAAUUUGGAACUAGGGUUGAUGAUCUGCUUGUGGAGGGUGCUACUAUUAAAGGAGUCAAAGUUUCAGAUGUAACAAAAAACCCACCAAUCCAUAGUCAGGAACUGAGUUAUGAUGCAGUUGUUCUGGCCGUUGGGCACUCUGCAAGAGAUGUAUACCAGAUGCUCUUAUCACACAAUGUGGGCUUGGUCCCAAAGGACUUUGCUAUUGGCCUGCGGGUUGAGCAUCCCCAGCAACUGAUAAACAGCAUACAGUAUGCUGCAUUGGCAGCUGAGGUUCAAGGUGGACGUGGAAAAGUACCAGUUGCAGAUUAUAAGAUUGCAAACUAUCUCAGUGGAGAGGGUGCAGAGUCUUCUUAUUCGUCUGCAAGCCGUGGUUGUUACUCUUUUUGCAUGUGUCCAGGAGGACAGGUUGUUCUCACCAGUACAAAUCCAUCAGAGCUCUGUAUUAAUGGAAUGUCAUUUUCUCGGCGUUCAUCAAAAUGGGCUAACUCAGCACUUGUUGUUACAGUCUCAUCAAAAGAUUUUGAGAGCUUAAAUUUUCAUGGGGCCCUUGCAGGUGUUGACUUCCAGAGGGAACUUGAACAAAGAGCAGCUGUGAUGGGAGGUGGUAAUUUUGUGGUUCCUGUGCAGACAGUCACUGACUUUCUUGAAGAGCGAACAUCAGGUAUGUGUUUGCCGCAAUCAAGCUAUCGCUUAGGAGUCAAGGCUUCAAAUCUUCACGAGUUAUUUCCUGCUCACCUAACUAAGGCUCUGCAAGAUUCUAUCUUGAUGUUUGAAAAGGAGCUCCCAGGAUUUAUCUCAAAAGAGGCUCUUUUACAUGGAGUAGAGACGAGAACGAGCUCUCCAGUUCAAAUUCCACGAAAUAGCACCACAUUCGAGAGCACAAACUUAAAUGGACUAUAUCCAGUGGGAGAAGGAGCAGGAUUUGCUGGAGGAAUUGUUAGUGCAGCCGUUGAUGGCUUGUAUGCUGGUUUUGCCGCGGCCAAAAAUCUGGGGUUGAUAACUGCUGAUAUUGAAUCUCUUUUAGGCAAGGCACAGAAUUCCGGAAUUGCCAAAUAUUGACAGCCACUACUUACACAUGUAAAUGAGGGUAGGUUGAAAGAUUGAAUUACAUUAUUUGAAAAUUAGGGAUUACAACAAUAACAUGAGUGAAUAAUCAUGUGAAAAUUUUUGGUCUAAUUAAGUUUUACUAUCAGAGAGUUUCUAUCUCGUGUCGCAGGCGAAGAUGACUAGUUGAGAAGGGUUAAAGGUACUGUCAAUGUAUUUGUGUUCACUGUAUAGGGAUUUUGUUCAAUUGAAAAGAAACAAUUUUUGUAAACGAAAUUGUGAUGUGUUUUAUUAUUUCUUGUGCGUAAAGAUAUUCUUUUUCAUUGAUGUUUAGAUUAGAGCCCAUUUCACCUAGCAUAUGA